AUGACUGUUCAUAAUCGAACUAUAUUCGAUUUUCCAUUAACAUGGAAUCGAACUCAAUUUAUAGCAACACGUAAUAAAUGUCGAUUUGCUCGUAAACUUAUUGAAAUUAGUAUCAAUGUACAAUUUGAAAAGCAGUUGAGAAGUGGAUUUUCUCAUAAUAUUGAAAUUGAAGAAAAUCUAAAUGAUAUCAAUGAACGUCUAUUAAAAUAUCAUGAUAAAUUACGUGUACUUGAUAAUAUGAUUGAAUUAGCAUCACAAUCACUUCGAAUUUAUUUUGAUAAAAGAAUGGAAAGUGUACGUACUAUUGUUAAAGAACAUUGUAAUAUAAUUCAACAAAUCAUUCAUGAAGAAGCUGAACAUUGGAAAGAAAUUCAUUCUGUAAUGAAUCAAAAUUUACUUAAUCCUGGUGAUAUUCGUUCUCGUAAUAAUUACCCUCGAGUAGUACAAAAAAGUCCAGCAUCAAAUAUUGAAACAAUCGAAGAAGAAGAAGAUGAAGAACAUAUAUCAAAAUUAUUGAAUGGUAAAACAUUAACACCAUUACUUACACAAAUGAUUCGAAAAUCUCGAUUACAAUCAAAUCGUCUUACAAUAGUUCCAUCUAUAAAAGUUCAUAUUCCUAGUGAUCAAGAUAUUUCUGUACUAAGAAGAGAUGAACGAUUUAGUAUUCAUAUAUUACCACUUAGUACUGCUCGUCAACCUUUAGAAUUUGUAGAUACAACAUUUGUUGUUAAACCUGAAGAAACUAUGAUUAAUGGGGAAAUACAGAACGAUGAAUAUUACGAUGAACCAAAUGGAACUUAUCAAGCUCCUCCUAAUCAACAGUAUCAUUCAUAUUUAACUGUAACACAACCUGAAACAUUAUUGAUAGAUUCUCAACGAAAUAUACCAGCACGACUUUGUUUUACACCAACAAUUCUUCAUGAUGCAACUGUUUCACCUGAAGAUGAUAUUAAUGAACAAUCAUCAUCAUCAUCAUCAUCAUCACUAAAUCAUGAGAAAAAUAAAAAAACAAUAAAUACAAUUUUUUCAUCACUCGACCAAAAUCGAACGAAUAUUCAAAAAACCAUAGAAGAUACUCAUCGUUUUGGUCAAACAUUUUUACUUGAUAUCAUUAAAACAGAACAAAUAAAUGAUGAUCAGAAUAAAUAUAAACGACCAACUAUUCCAGAUGAUGAUGUAUUAGUCGUUGCUGACACUAAUCUAUUAGUAAUAUCAUCACAACAUAUAUCUCAUACAACAAAUGAUAAUCCUGCUCCUAAAUCAGAUCUUCCAAAUCAACACGAAUCGAUUACUGUUCAAGAAACAGUACCUGUAAAAUCUCGAAGACGUAUAACUACUAAAACUAAAUCCAAGCCGGUCAUUGUUAGUGCACGAAAGACUCGAAGUGUUGCAAAAUUUAUUGCUGAACGAGAAGCAGCAGCAGCAGCAAAAACAUCAUUAGAGAAACCAAUUGAAAAAAAACGAAAGACUCGAAAACAUAAACAAUCAAAAUCAAUUGAUCGUCAAGUAGAAACAUCCGAUGAUGAAAAUACAACUUCACAAUCAAAUUUUACACAAAUCAUUAUCAAGAAAAGAAAAACAAAAAUAAAUAAAAAAUCCAAAAUAGAUUAUCAUUCACAUGAAACAUCCGAUGAUGAUAAUGAUAAUUUAUCAACUGAUAAUAAACGAAAAACUCAAAGACGAAUUAAAUCAAAACGACAUGAUCAAGAAGAAAAAGAAAUAUUAAAUGAUAAUGAAAAUAAUAAAAGAAGAACUAAAAAAUAUAAAAAAUCCAAAAUAGAUUAUCAUACAUAUGAAACAUCCGAUGAUGAUAAUGAUAAUUUAUCAACUAAUAAUAAACGAAAAACACAAAGACGAAGUAAAUCAAAAAGAUAUAAUCAUGAAGAAGAAAUAUUAAAUGAUAAUGAAAAUAAUAAAAGAAAAACUAGAAAAUUCAAAGAACAAGAAACUACAGAUAAUGAACAUGAAAUAAUAAUAAAUCCUAGUAAAAGUAAAAAAUCUAAACUAUCAACAAUUGAUAAUGAAGAAAAAAAACGAAAACAAAAAAUAAAAAAUACAAAAUUAAAUGAUGAAGAACAAAUAUCAAAUCAUAAACGCACUCGAUCUUUUGCGAAACGUAAUCAUCGGCCAAUAUAA